GGAAGCGGCGGCGCUCGUCAGGCAGCACUCCGGGGAGGGGCAGCGCACCAGGUUUGUGACUUGCAAAAAGAUCCUUGGAAUCUAAUGCCAUGAAUGUUGAGGAGAGUCAUAUGGAGGAAAAAGCUGUCCACUCUUGGUCAAGAAUUUCAUCUGCAGGUAAAAGGGCACUUGAAGAAGCCCUCAGAGUCUUCAAUCCAAUGUCUAAAGACCUAACAGACACUGAGACACAGCUUGUAACCUUUUUGCAAGGACUUCGGGAGGAAGGUUAUCAGCCGACAAUUCUGAGCAGCAAAGAUGUCUAUGGCUACAGUUCCACAACAGCAGACACUCCUCCCCAGAGUGCAACGUGUACUCCAAAAAUUACCUCUACUGUAUCAAUAUCUUCUAAAUCACAAUCAAAAAACUCUUCUAGCAAAGUGUCAAAUACUGCAGCAGCACUUUCUGUCAGUCAUUCAACAGUUCCAAAUAGACACUCUGCCAAAGGUUCCACAAAUUUGUUGUUGAGGUCUCUGAAACAGUCAGGAGCUGAGAAAUCUAAAGCUGUAGACCUUCCACACAAUGUUUAUCCUGGUGUUUACCCUGCAAUGAGACUUUCUGUUGUUUUAGAAACUUUAGUUCCUUUAGAUGCAAAACUUAAGCAACAUCACAUGCUAGUUUCAUCAACGAAACAGACCUCAAAGGGAAAGAACACACGUGGUGCAGAGGAACACGUGGAUGCCAAAACAUACCAAUUCAUAAUCAAAAAGAUGCCUACGCUUGAAAAUCAUAUCAAACCUCUAAAUGGAACAAUCUUAAAAGGAUCUAAUGGCAGGAUCUUAAAGGAAAACAAUGCAUGCAACGCUUCUGAUAUAUUGAAUGGACGAGUUUUGGAGCAUCCUUCCCAGAAUUACAAUGGUAUCAUUCAAGCUAGGUCUAAUUUGAAAACCCAGAAGGGCAUUGUUGGUAAAAUCCAAAACAAGUAUGGACAAAAACAGGAGACUGACCCAAGCAAAAAACGAAAGCAAGUUGGUGGCAUUUCUGAAGCACCACCUGAAAAGAAAAUGAGAUGCCUCAUUCCAUUGAAUGCAAGGUCAGCUCUGGACAAAGACAGAUACGAUUUGCUCAAGUCUACAGUCAUUAAAUUUAAUAAGUCAUUGUCUGAUGAUGAGGUCAGGAGACAAGCACAAAAUAUCUUACAGUUGAAUCUUUCUCCUGUGAUCAGAAUUCAACCAUUAUCUUUUUCUGUUCUUUAAAAUCUUUCCUGCACCAUAUUUUAAGGCAGAAAAUGAAGUACUUUUUUUGGCCCUACACCAUUUUUGGAGCUGGGAAACUUUAAUUCCGUAAGAGAGCUUUGUUGACCAAUCCUGUUUUUGGAAUGCUUGCUUUUGUUUAGUGGCCGUUGUAUUGUUCAUUUUAAUCUGCACAUGAAUUGAAGGAAAAAAAUA